AUGACUGCACCGCCCGCCGUGACUGCAGACCUGCCCGUCGACGCUGCUUUCACCAAGGGAUUGCCCAAGAUUGAGCUUCAUGCCCACUUGACCGGCAGCAUCAGUCGCGACUGCCUGCACCACAUAUGGGUGACGAAGAAAGCGCGGGAUCCUGAUCUCGACCUAGAGGAUCCUCUAGUAGCUAUUCCCACGGGAAAGGUCGACUACGAUAUCAAAACGUUCUUCCCGCUGUUUUCGUCGUACAUUUAUCGCCUUUGCAGCGAUUUGCCGAGCAUCCAGUACUCAACCAAAGCUGUGCUGCAAGACUUCCAGCAUGAUGGUGUUGUCUAUGUUGAGCUUCGAACAACCCCAAGGGCAAUUCCUGGGGAAAACGUUACCAAGGAAAAUUACGUGAAGACCAUCUUGGAUCAAAUCAAGGCCCAUAAUCAUGAUGCUAAUAAUACCAUGCGGGCUUUCCUCAUAUUGUCAAUCGACCGUCGCAACAAUACUACUGAGGCGGAGGAAGUUGUUGAUCUUGCCAUAAAGUACCAGUCCGCCGGGGUCGUCGGUGUCGACCUCUGUGGCGACCCAGCGAAAGGCGACGUGCGCAUAUUCGGCGACAGCUUCGCUCGCGCAAAGGCCGCUGGACUGGAGAUCACGCUGCACUUUGCCGAGAGCGAGACUUCGGCUUCAGACUUGGAGCUACAAACACUUCUAUCAUGGCAGCCUAACAGACUAGGUCACGUCAUACAUGUCAAAGAAGAGUUUCGGAAGAUCAUCGAGCAGCAUGGGACUGGCGUUGAGCUAUGCCUCAGCUGCAACGUCCAUGCGAAGAUGAUCACGGGCACUUACUCAGACCAUCACUUUGGAAUGUGGCGGAAUAGCAGUGUUCCCGUUGCCUUGAGCACGGAUGAUGUUGGAGUGUUCUGCAGUCCUCUCUCGCAAGAAUACUAUCUUGCAGCACAACACUUUCAUCUAGCGGACAACUACGCUAUCUUUGCGCUGUCCAAGUACGUAGGGCAAACUAUCCAUGGGAAUUUCACUUUCCUACCGGAAGUGAACCCUGCAAUGUUCGCUUAUGCAGAGAUUGCCGUUCCUUUCAGCGACCACGAUGGCGCAACAAUCCUCCUCAACAAUAUUUUCAGUCGUCGUUGGAUAAUUCAGCUCAAGUACAACACGUCUCGACUACAACCUGAUUCGAACGUCUUCGACGUUGAGCAAGAGCUCGAACCAGACAGGAAGGCCGAUAUAAUAAGAGCGCCAUUCGUUAUCGAUGUGCCUAGCAAUCCUGGAACGGACAAAUCAACUCUUUUCAAUAAUGCUUCCACCGAAGCCUCGAAGGAUGAUUUACUUGAUAUAGACACAGGUUAUGGCCUUACCUGCUCCAGCAAAUACCCAAAUCAACACCCUUACACCAAAGACUUUGACAGAAACGAAGCCGUCGAUAUUGCCAGAACAUUCUGCGAAGGUAUCGUCAAGUCCGAGGUUGACACAACUUCGAUCUCACCAACCGUGAGGGAUACCUAUCAGUUUAAUAACAUCAGUAGGGAUUACACACUGACAGAAGCCAACGCUAGAACAAAUCUUGGGUUCUUCGCGCUUACUGACAACGCUUUGUUCAUCCAAGCUCGAAACGCUAAACAGUUCUUCGAAGGAGUUGCCGACGACGCUAAAGUCGAUCACUGCGUCUUAACAUACAAGCAUAUCAUCAGCGGCUGCGAUACUGACGUUUAA